AUGGUGAUCUGGGAGCAGGAGACAGUGGACAUCUGCCUGUCGGCUCUUGUACUACGUGUCUGGCUGGUGAGCAGACGCAGAGCAGAUAUCACGGAUCAGGUAAUACAGUUCGUUGAGCCAAGUCGGCAGUUUGUGAAAGACUCAAUUCGGCUGGUUAAAAGAUGCACCAAACCUGAUAGAAAAGAAUUCCAGAAGAUUGCUAUGGCAACAGCAAUAGGAUUCGCUAUAAUGGCAUUCAUUGGCUUUUUUGUGAAACUGAUCCAUAUUCCUAUUAAUAACAUCAUUGUUGGUGGCUGA